AAAAUCUUAAGUUUCUUUUAUCAAUUUACACUUGAUUUUCUGAUUAUUCGCCGUCUUAACUUCAAGAGAUCGAUGGCUAUGGUUAGAGCUUUGGUUAAUGAAAGAUCAGUGGUAAUAUUCAGCAAAAACUCUUGCUGCAUGUGUUACACAAUUAAGACAUUAAUAAGAAGUUUUGGAGCUAAUCCUACUGUUUAUGAGCUUGAUGAGAAUCCAAAGGGACAACAAAUAGAGAUGGAACUCAAGGGAUUAGGGUGUAAGCCAAGUGUCCCAGCUGUGUUCAUAGGGCAGGAGCUUAUUGGUGGGGCCAAUGAGAUAAUGACACUUCAUAUGAAGGGUCAGCUGGUGCCAUUGCUACUCAGGGCUAAUGCUAUAUGGGUUUAGUAAAAGUUCAAGUAUUUUAAGGUCUUUAAAUUAUAGAGUUAGAUUUAAGUUAAUACAACUAUAGAAGCGGUUUAAUGUUUCGACAGUUGCUUAAUCAGGGAAGAUGGGAGUUGUUUUUUGGCCUUCUUUUCUGAGGUUGUUUCUUGUUUUUUUUUUUUUUCAUGAGUUGAUGACA